UGAGGGCAGAUAGAAAGGCUUUGUGACACAUCACUGUAUGGAGUCCCAAGUUAAUCCGAGAGAAGCGCUGACCGAGCUAGGCCAUGAGCCACCUGCACUCUGGACUGCUGAGGCUGUAGCAGGGCUUACACCGAGGCUCCAACGAUGAGACCUGCUCUCUUGGCAGGCCUUUGCCUGUUAAUGUGUCAUCUUGGUUCAGCUUCUCAGCUUAUAUGCUACUUCACAAGCUGGUCCCAGUACAGGCCUGGUCCUGGGAGGUACAUGCCUGGAAAUAUUGAUCCCCAGCUGUGCACACACCUGAUCUACGCCUUCUCAGUCAUUAACAGCGCAAAUGAGCUGGUCGCCCAUGAGGGGAACUAUGAGACUCUCUACAAGUCUCUUAAUGGUCUGAAGCAAAGAAACCCCAGCUUGAAAACACUUCUGGCUGUUGGAGGAUGGAACUUCGGUUCAGCUCAGUUCACCACCAUGGUGUCCACUCCAGCAAACAGACAGACAUUUAUCCAGUCCUCCAUCAAAUUCCUGAGAACUCACGGCUUCGAUGGGCUGGAUCUGGACUGGCAGUAUCCCGGAGGCCGGGGCAGCCCAGCGAAGGACAAGCAGAGAUUCACUGUGCUAUGCAAGGAGCUUCUGGAGGCCUAUGAGGCUGAACCCAAGGCUACUGGACAGCCCAGACUAUUGCUCACAGCUGCAGUGGCUGCUGCGAAAGAAAAUAUAGACAAUGGCUAUGAAAUUGCUGAAAUCGCCAAGUAUCUGGAUUCCAUCAGCGUGAUGACCUAUGACUUCCAUGGGGCUUGGGACAAUUUCACUGGGCACAACAGUCCUCUGUACCGUAGUUCCCAUGACCAAGGAUACCAUAUCCACCUCAACACUGAUUAUGUAAUGAAGUACUGGAGGGAUCAGGGAGCCCCUGCAGAAAAGCUGAGGAUGGGUUUUGCCACGUAUGGUAGGACCUUCCGUCUGACAUCUACAGCCAGUGGAGUUGGAGCUCCAGCCAAUGGUGCUGCUUCUGCUGGGACUUAUACCAGAGAGGCAGGAUUGUGGUCCUACUACGAGAUCUGCACCUUCCUUCAAGGAACCAGCGUACAGUGGAUUGAAGAUCAGAAAGUACCUUAUGCUACCAAAGGAAAUGAAUGGGUUGGAUUUGACACUCAGGAGAGCUACGAAACAAAGGUGCGCUAUCUGAAAGACAAUAAUUUUGGAGGAGCCUUCGUCUGGACUCUGGACCUGGACGACUUUGCGGGGCAGUUCUGUGGGAAAGGAAACUAUCCCCUUAUCAGUCACCUCAAGAAACUCCUGAAUAUAGAAACCAUAUCUCCGGAGUCCCACAAAACUACUGUACCCCCUGCUACCCCCACUGAUGCUCCAGUCUCGGAGUCCAGCGAGGGCAAGCCUGAAGAAACCAUAUCUCCGGAGUCCCACAAAACUACUGUACCCCCUGCUCCCCCCACUGAAGCUCCAGUCUCUGAGUUCUGCGAGGGCAAGCCUGAAGGAACUGUCUACAGUAACAACUUCAAGUGCUGGACGCUGUAAGCAUAACUGAACACAGGACAUUGACCUGAUAGACAUCCAUAAUGACUUCUUAUAUUAAUAUAUGUGUAUUUUUAUGACCAUAAUGCUUAUAUCCAUAAUGUUUUCUGACUAAAAAAAAAAUAUUAGCAUAUAUUAGCCCUGGCUAACCUACUGACUUACUAGUGUAAAAGGUGUGGUUUGCCACAUUCACUGUAACGCCUAUACUUACAUUUUUGAGGUAACUGCAUUUAUAGCGCUGUACUGUACAGAGAUUAUAUAUUAAGUCUAUAAAAGUCCAUAAGAAAUGUAAAAAUGUUAUUACUCAACAAAAACUCAGAAAUAUGCAUCUAAGUCAAUAAACAUCAGGAAAGAGAA